AUGGCCUCCGCCGCGACCUCAUCGUCGCGGCCAGGCCCCGCCGGAGCCGCCGUCUCCCGAUCGUCUCCCGCCCCCGCCGGCACCGGUCCCUCGCGAGCGCCGCCGUCGCGGAACAGCAUCACCGACCCCGUCCUCCGGAACACCCUGCGAUACACCAUCUCCGCCAAGGAGUACGCGACCCUGCACAAGUACGUCCUGUCGCGAUCGCGCAUUCUCAAGAGGACGGCGCCGAGCGUGAGCGCCGUCGAGCGCAUCGUCGAGGGCGACAAAGCGAAGCAGAAUGCCGGACCCGGUGCUGGGGGGAGGGCUGUGGACGACUACAAUGCGCGCGCUGUUAGGCAUUCGAUGCGUGUGUUCAUUGGGACGGCCAUGGCCAUGAAGGGGUGGGCUUUGAUUUGGACGAAGCUGCUGGGCGGGAAGCCGGAUCCCAAUGCCGCGACCCAGAAGCAGCCCCUCCACAAGUCGCCAACUCUUCGCCUCUCUCUAUCCCUUUCGACCAUCCUUCUUCUCUACCGCAUCCUCUUCCGAUUCCUCUCCCGCCUGCGAGCGCACCUUCUCGACCCUUCCGCUUCGCCCUUCCGCCAGCGAAACCCGAGGACAGCAGCGACGCUAACAUCCCCGUACGCUCCGGCCAUCGGCGCCUCGCUGGCGGGUAUGUUCCUCGGCGUGUACCCAUCGCAGCAGCUGCGCGUGACGAUUGCCAUCUACACGCUCUUCCGGGCGCUGGAAUUCGGCUGGAAUCUGUGUGAGGAGGAAGGCAUGAUUUGGGGCUUCAAGAACGGCGGCAAGGUCAAGCGGGAGAGGCCGUGGUGGUGGGGCAGUUGGCUCAUCCAGCCGUUCGCGUUCGGACAGUUGUUGCACGCCGUCGUGUUUGACCGGGACUGCUUCCCCGAGACGUACGGCAACUUCAUCUUCAAGAACUCGACGGCGUACAUCCACCCCAGGCCGGCGGACUACCCGGCUCACCUCCAGUGGCCCAAGGCCUACGAGAUCGUGGACAACCUGGCCCGCAUGGCCAAGCUCAACUGGCCGCCAUACAUCUCACCAACUCUCUUCCCCAACAAGGAGACCCUCCCACCAACCCUCACGGCCGUCGCUCCGCUGACAUCAACCGCCCACCCGAUCAUCAACUCCCUCUCCUGCGCGACCCUGCACCCCUCCGACCCCUCCUGCCUCCGGACCUACCUCAACUUCUGGCUCGGCUCCUUCCCGGGCCUCACCCGCUUCUUCCUCAUCAUCUACUCCGCCGUCACCUUUCUCCCGCGCUUCCGCUCCCUCUACAACGCCCCCGUCACCACCCUCCAGCGCGUCCUCGCCAAGUCGCUGCGCAUGAGCACCUUCGUCACCGGCUCCAUCUCCACCGCCUGGGCCAGCAUCUGCUUCUUCCAGCAGUGGUUCCCCGGCACCUUCCUCCCCACCCAGCGCUUCUUCCUCGGCGGCUUCCUCGCCGGCCUCUGGGCCUGGGUCGAGAAGCGCAACGGCCGUGGCGUAUUCCUCUACUCGGCGCGCGUCAGCGUCGACUCGCUGUGGAAGGUCGGCGUCAAGAGGAGGUGGUGGCGGGCGAUGAAGGGCGGCGACGUGUGGGUGUUCGUCAUGGCGCUGAUGGUCACCGGUGUCGUCUACGAGAGGGACGCGAGGGCUGUCAAGGAGGGCAACUGGAGGAAGGGCAUCAGCUGGGUGCGCGGUGAGGGGUGGAGGGAUUGGAGCGUUGAGGACGAUGCUGAGGAUGAGAACGUGGAGAAGCUGGAGUAG